CACAUAUAUAUAUAUACACACAUUAUACAUACAGAGAGCGCCCUAUAUCUAUCUUCUCCCCUCGAGCAGAAAUAACCAGCCAUCAAUGGUGGAUUUACCGACUUCCAGUACCUGCAGCCUCUCCGUCCUUGCUCGCUUCUGCAACAAAUAAAGGCACACAGCGGCGUAAGUGAGUGAAGGAUUUUUUAUCAUUUACUUUUGUGAAUUUUGGAAACUGAAUAGGAAUUUUGGGGGUUUUGAAUUCCGACUGCGAUUUGAUCUAUUCUACCGACAAUGAGUGCGGUGGUGAAUCCAAUUGCGACGUGGUCGCGGUCGAUUUCCGGCGGAGGCUUCCGACCGGAGCAAUUCAAUUUCCUCAAACCCUCGAGGUUUCGCCCUAUGUCGAUUUCCUCUGCCAUAAUCGAGGAAACCGUCGCCACCGGGAAACCGCAUGCCUUCGAUCUCAAAAAGUACAUGCUCAACAAGGCGAGCGCCGUGAACGCCGCCUUGGAGGAGGCGGUCCCCGUCAGAGAUCCGGUCACGAUACACGAAUCGAUGAGGUACUCGCUUCUCGCCGGGGGGAAACGCGUCCGGCCGAUGCUCUGCAUCGCCGCCUGCGAGCUGGUCGGCGGUGAGCAGGCCGCCGCCCUCCCGGCCGCCUGUGCGGUGGAGAUGAUUCACACCAUGUCGCUGAUGCACGACGACCUCCCCUGUAUGGACAACGACGACCUGCGAAGGGGGAAACCGACGAACCACAAGGUGUACGGCGAGGACGUCGCCGUCCUCGCCGGCGACGCACUCCUCGCCUUCGCCUUCGAACAUUUGGCGACGGCCACUGAGGACGUCCCUACCAACAUGGUAGUAUCCGCCAUUGGUGAGUUGUCAAGGUGCAUUGGUGCAGAGGGAUUGGUGGCAGGGCAAGUGGUGGACAUAUGUUCGGAGGGGAUUUCGGAGGUGGGGCUGGAGCUUCUAGAGUUCAUCCACCUCCACAAGACGGCGGCGCUGCUGGAAGGUUCAGUGGUGUUGGGCGCCAUAUUGGGAGGUGCGACAGAGUCGGAAGUGGAGCGGCUGAGGAAAUUCGCGAGGUGCAUCGGGCUGCUGUUCCAGGUGGUGGACGACAUCCUAGACGUGACCAAGUGCUCGGAGGAGCUGGGGAAGACGGCCGGGAAGGAUCUGGUGGCGGACAAGACGACAUACCCGAAGCUGAUCGGGAUUGAGAAGUCGAGAGAAUUUGCAGAGCAGCUGAAGAGGGAGGCUAAAGAGCAGCUGGAGGGGUUUGAUCCAGGUAAAGCAGCUCCAUUGCUGGCCUUGGCUGAUUACAUUGCUUCUAGGGAUAAUUGAUGCUUUCAUUGCAAGUUUAACUCAACUAUUUAUGCUUAUGUUGCUUUUGUAUCUGCCCUUCCUUGAAAAUUAGAAGAAUAUGACCUAUUACUUUUUCUAUCCUAAGAAAUAUCAUAUUUACUGUUCUGCCCA